AUGGAUCGACCAGCUAGUCCACGCCCUAUCGACAGAGAGAUUGCAAAAGCACAUGGCGAAUCCGUCUCUCUAGAGGCCACUCGCGACAAACUUGAAGCCAGCAAGGUUUCCACCAAUCAAUCACCACAGGAUAUCAUCGUGGAAAGAACCCGCGAAGUUGGGCGCCUUCGUGCAGAAGUCGCUUACCUUCAAGACGUACGACGAUUGGGCGAAUACCUUUGUGAAGAAGUUGAAUAUGUCAUUGAUCGGCUUCAGCUAGCAGUUAUUGCAUUUCACAAGGGGUUACAGCAGAUUGAAGGAGGGCAAUCAGAAAUGGCGGAAUGA